AUGCACGACUGGAUCUCCGACAACCUCCGUGCUUGCUCCGGUACGUAUCAGACAUGCAUCUGCGCGAUUCCGUUUCUAGCUAAGAAACAAGGUCUCGUUACAGUAACUUGCGAUCCAAGAAACCUCGAGCAUAUUCUCAAGAACCGGUUUGAUAAUUACCCUAAAGGUCCAACGUGGCAAGCCGUUUUCCAUGAUCUUUUAGGUCAAGGGAUCUUUAACUCCGAUGGUGACACGUGGCUUUUCCAGCGUAAAACCGCCGCUUUGGAGUUCACUACUAGGACUCUCCGUCAAGCCAUGGCUCGUUGGGUUAACCGAGCUAUCAAGCUUAGGUUUUUGCCGAUUCUUGAAACGGCUCGGCUCGAGUCUGAGCCGAUUGAUCUUCAAGAUUUGCUUCUUCGGCUUACGUUUGAUAAUAUAUGCGGCUUGACGUUCGGGAAAGACCCGCGGACUUGUGCCCCGGGUCUUCCAGUGAACACGUUCGCGGUGGCUUUCGAUCGAGCCACCGAGGCUUCGUUGCAACGGUUCAUAUUGCCGGAGAUUUUGUGGAAGUUCAAGAAACGGUUCUCUCUCGGCUUGGAGUUCAGCUUGAGCCGAAGCUUAGUCCAAGUAGACAAUUACUUGUCUGAGAUUAUUAAAACACGUAAGCAAGAUUUGAUGACUCAGCAUAACAACGAUGGGACCCACCACGACGAUCUUUUAUCACGGUUCAUCAAAAAGAAGGAAUCUUACUCCGACGAGAUCCUCCAACGCGUGGCACUCAAUUUCAUCUUAGCCGGUCGUGACACGUCAUCAGUCGCGUUAAGCUGGUUUUUCUGGUUGAUUACACAACACCCUACCGUAGAGGAUAAAAUCCUCCGCGAGAUCUGCACCGUUCUUAUCGAGACACGUGGCGAUGACAUUGCAACGUGGACGGACGAGCCGCUUUCCUGCGAGGAGCUUGACCGGUUGGUUUAUCUCAAGGCUGCUUUAUCGGAGACUCUGAGAUUAUACCCAUCGGUGCCGGAAGAUUCUAAACGCGCCGUGAAAGACGAUGUUUUACCGGACGGAACUUUUGUACCGGCGGGAUCAUCGGUUACGUACUCGAUUUACUCGGCGGGGAGAAUGAGAUCGACUUGGGGAGAUGAUUGUUUGGAGUUUAAACCGGAGAGAUGGAUCUCGGAAUCGGACGGUGGUAUUAGAUUCAUCAAUCACGAUCCGUUCAAAUUCGUUGCGUUUAAUGCUGGCCCUAGGAUCUGUUUGGGUAAAGAUCUGGCUUAUCUUCAAAUGAAAUCGAUAUCGGCGGCGGUUUUGCUUCGGCAUAGUUUGACGGUGGUGACGGGUCAUAAGGUUGAACAGAAGAUGUCGUUAACUCUGUUUAUGAAAUACGGUCUUUUGGUUAACGUUCAUAAACGGGAUUUAACGGCGAUCGCGGCGGAUGUACGUGAGAAGAGUGAUGGGAAAGUUAACGGCGUUAUAAGGUAG